UCUCUCUCUCUAUAUAUAUAUAUAUAUACUUUCCAAGCCGUAGAUUACAUUUUUAGGACAAAAAACCCAAUAUGUUUCGUCUCUUCUUCUUCCUUCUACUUCUUCCCUCCGCUCACACAGUUUAUUUCCAAAUAACUCGCUUUGAACCCAAUACUGACAACAUACUAUACUUGGGAGAUGCAGCGCCUUCUGUUGGAGCCAUUGAGUUGAUCAACAGAUAUACUUAUGUAUGCCGAGUCGGCCGAGCUAUCUAUUCUGAGAGGGUGCCUCUCUGGGACUCUGAUACAGGAAUACUCACUAACUUUAGCACACAUUUCUCCUUCGUUAUCGACACCCAAGGUCGUGCUGAAUAUGGCCAUGGUUUAGCCUUCUUCUUGGCUCCUGUCGGGUUCGAAGUCCCUCUAAAUUCAGCUGGUGGGUUUUUAGGCUUAUUCAACACAACAACCAGCGAUUCUUCUCUGAACCAAAUUGUUCAUGUCGAAUUCGACUCGUACGUGAACCAAGAAUGGGAUCCUCCAUUUGAGCAUGUGGGGAUUAAUAACAACUCAAUUGCUUCCACAAAAUACACUUCUUGGAAUGCCAGCUCACACAGUGGAGAUACCGCUGAUGUAUGGGUCACUUACGAUGCUUCUAAGAAGAACUUGAGCGUCUCUUGGAAAUAUCAAACAACCUCUAAUCCUCAAGUGAAUACGAGUCUUUCUUUUGAAAUUGAUCUCAUGCAGGUUCUUCCAGAGUGGGUCAUAGUUGGAUUUUCAGCUGGUACAAGUCAAUUUGGAGAGCGCAAUAAAAUUCAGUCAUGGGAAUUCAGUUCAAGUUUGGAAAGAAAGGAAAGAAGGGGGAAGAAUGCAAACAAGAAGAGUUUAGUUGUUGGUCUAACAGUUUUAGCUGGAGUUCUGAUAGCUGUAGCAAUUGUCACAUGUGUAAUAUUAUUGUUUGCAUGGAAGGUAAAGAAAAAGGAAGAAGAAUCAAAUGAGACUCUGAACUUAACAUCAAUUAAUGAAGACCUUGAGAGAGGAGCAGGACCAAGAAGAUUUUCUUACCGGUAUCUUGCUUCUGCCACCAACAACUUUUCAGAUGACAAGAAGUUGGGAGAAGGAGGGUUUGGUGCCGUCUACAGGGGGUACUUAAUUGAUUUGGAUAUACCAGUUGCUGUGAAGAAAAUCUCAAGGGGGUCUAAACAGGGAAGAAAGGAAUACAUAACUGAGGUGAAAAUUAUUAGCAGGAUAAGACACAGGAAUCUGGUUCAACUCAUAGGAUGGUGCCAUGACAAUAGUGAGUUCCUACUUGUUUACGAGUUUAUGCCAAAUGGUAGCCUUGAUAUGCACUUGUUUAGCAAGAGGAGUCCUUUAACUUGGGCAGUGAGAUACAAGAUAGCUUCUGGGUUGGCAUCUGCGCUGCUUUAUCUCCACGAAGAAUGGGAGAAAUGUGUCGUUCACCGAGACAUUAAAUCAAGCAAUGUCAUGCUUGAUUCUAGUUUUAAUGUGAAGCUUGGAGACUUUGGAUUGGCUCGGCUCAUGGACCACGAGCUAGGUCCUCAGACAACUGGAUUGGCUGGAACGUUAGGCUAUAUGGCUCCAGAAUACAUAGCCACUGGAAGGGCUAGUAAAGAGUCAGAUGUAUACAGUUAUGGUGUGGUUACGUUAGAAAUUGCAACCGGACGGAAGUCAACUGACCCUCCAGAAAAGGAUUCUGCAAUGGGAUUGCUAGAGUGGGUUUGGAAUCUUUAUGGAAGUGGAAGGCUUCAUGUGGCGAUUGAUAAGAGAUUGCAUAUGGAUUUCGAGGAGAAGGAGAUAGAGUGUUUAAUGAUUGUCGGACUGUGGUGUGCUCAUCCUGAUCGAAGUCUUAGGCCGUCAAUAAGGCAAGCAAUUCAAGUUCUUCAUUUUGAGGCUGCAAUGCCAAAUCUUCCUUUGAAUAUGCCUGUUCCUUUGUAUCAUGUACCCACACCAUUAGUUAGCUCUGGUGAACCUUUUAUAACUACUAGUCUAGACGACGGUCGUUGAGCGCCUGAACUGUGAACCAUGCGCAUCUCGAUUUGUCAAGCUAUAGGGUUGUUGUCCUUGCUUCCCUUUUGUACCGCUUAUUGUCUUAGGUAUACAUAGUACAAUCUAUGUAGAAA